AGCAAUUAUUAAAUAUGAUCAUCAUUUACUGAUCAAUCCUUUCUGCCUGUCAUUCAUCUCUCUUGUCCCUGUUUUCUGUCUCAUUAAUCUUUUCCUCCCCAUCCUUGUUGUUCUUCACUCACUCCUCCCCAUUCUCUCUCAGUUUUCAGCUUGCGGCUGAGAGUGCAGAAUUCAAGCCUCGUCUUGUGGGUUUCUGUAAUUUCAAGCAAUGAAGCUAAGCAGACGAGAGGUUCCUGUUUAUGGCCAAGCAAAGGUUUUUGCACUGAUCCCCUCAGUUCAGGAGGAGGAGGUGUUUGUGGUUCUGGAGGGCUCAACUCUACUACACGUUCUGCAAACUAGAGUUCACUCCAUGCUGUACUUCAUUGUCCCAGGCCACAACCAGUCUGAGAUGGUGCGUGUCCGAGCGUAUAUAUUUACAGAUGAUGCCGUGGUGUGUGUGGGUGUGUCUUCUCUGACAUUCAUGGAGGAUGAUGCACAGGAGCUGGCUGAAUACCUGCUUACCCAUAGCGACUGCCUCAGCACCACUGAGCACAGAGAUCUGAGUGAUCGAUAUGGUUUGAAAGACAGCUCUACACAGGCAGAGAUGGAUGAAAGGGUCACAUUCGCUCUAGCCAACCUACACACCCCUCACAACCUGCUCGGACAAUCAGCACAAGAGUCUCUCCUACAUGUAUGUGUGCGUCUGGGAUUUGUGAGCGUCUCUGAGUUCAUUCUCUGUCAGCCUGGUGCCCUGAUGACUAUCGGUUCAGCCAAUCAGGAUGGGGACACGCCCCUUCAGCUGGCCCAACGGACCAAUCAACAUGCUCUGAUACAACUCUUCAAGCACCCUCCCAAUCCAUUAACCACUCCCCUGGCGGGCGUGUCACAUGUGUGGGUGGGUAAAUCCCACCUCCUCAGGUUUAGCCACGCCUCUGGGAUGCUGUCUCUGUCUGUGUGUGUAUCCGAGUCCUCUUGUUCUUCACAAACCUUACAGUCAUCCAUAUUACUGCUGCGAGAGUGUGCGAGGGACUCUGUGCUACUAAACAAGAUCAAAGGUCUGAGUGUGGAUACAAAGAGAAGAGCUGAAAGCAACACUCUGCUUUCAUACUCGGAAUCACCAUACUCUCUGCUUCACAAUGUGUGGGUUAACAACACCAGUCAGGAUGAAGAUGAAGAGCUCUUAUCGUCGGACGAGUCUGAUGGACUCACAACGCAUACUGAUUCAACGACCAGUUCGCUCACUGACUCCAGCGUUACCAUUACGACCAGCAUCAACACCCUGCAGGCUGGAGAGAAUCAGACAAUGUACCAUCAGGACUCAUUUGGCUCAUUUGGGUUUGAAUCAGACUCAACAGCAUCUGAACAAGACUCCCCAAUCCAAGACAUAUUACCCAUCUGUAGUUCACAGGACGAGCCAUUCCCAUUCAAUGAUGUCGAAACAUCCACAGAGAUCAGAAGUAUGUGGUGUAGCAAUUCAGAGGAAGAAGAGAAAGAGAAAUUCAUCCCUACAUCCAAAAGUGAUACAGAGAAAUAUAAAGUGAGUCGAACUCUAAGCUUCCUCAGGAGCCGGAUGGUCAACACCAAAAUAAAAAGCAAGAUGAACGCAGAGGUUUCCUCAGCCUUGCAUCAGCUCUGCCCGCCGAAGCUGCCUGUUAAAGCAGCUUGUGAAGUCUGCGAGGGAGCUGACAAUGACGAACCACAGCAGUGUACAUACUGCUCCAUGAUCAUUCAUAAGACCUGCUGUGGUUCUGCCCCUCAGUGUUUAAAGAAUCCUCAUCAGGCACAUCUGAAAUGCGGUGACUCUUCAAUUUUACUAUACUCGUCCAGUCACAGUUCUCCAUCUCUGUCUCUGGUCAAUGACAACAACACUGUGUCACACAGAAAGCGGAGUAACAGUGAGGGGUGUGGCCAUGACUUCGCUCUGUGGAAAAGCAAGUCUUUGAUUGGUCAUUCUUCAGGAAGCCCCACCUCCAGUGAGUUAAUAGAUUCUGAUGACUCGUCAGCUCACGUAUCAUUUGACUUCUCUGCUGAAUCUUGGAGCGCUGUUGUGGACACUGAAUUCAGUCGGACACUGGACAAAGAUGUGGUCAAGAGGCAGGAGAUCAUCUAUGAGCUGAUGCAGACAGAGUUUCACCAUGUCCAGACUCUCUCCGUUAUGGCGGAUGUUUUAAGGGCGGGGAUGUUGGAGGAAGUGCAGCUGGAGCAGGACACGAUUGGUCAGAUUUUUCCCAGAGUGGAUGAGCUCUUGGUUUUGCAUAGAAACUUUCUCAUAGACAUGGAGACCAGACAGAGGGUGUCUGUUCACCUGGGAAAACACAAGAACUACAUCAUCCUGCAAAUUGGUGAUAUCCUGCGUCGACAGUUCUCAGGCCCAAAUGCUUCUCAGAUGAUAGAGUUGUACGGCGAUUUCUGCAGUCGUCACCCAGAAGCACUGAAAGUGUAUAAGCAACAACUACAGAGCAACAGGAAACUACAGUUAUUUCUCAGACAGCUGAGUUCCAACUCUGUCGUCAAGCGUCGUGAAAUCCCAGAAUUCCUUUUGCUUGUUACCCAGAGAAUUACAAAGUACCCUGUUCUGGUAGAGAGACUCCUUCAACACACCGAUGAUGGCAGUGCUGAGCGCUAUGAUAUUGCCGUGGCACUGGAGGGUCUGCGGCGGGUGAUAGAAGAGGUGGAGCGGCAUGUGGGAGAUUAUGAGAAUGCAAAGAAACUACAGGACAUCUUGAGUCGCCUAGACAACAAGAGCUGCACUCGCCUGAAGAACGGGGAGAUCUUCGGCAAGCAAGACCUGCAGAAAACACACCGAACUCUCACACACUCUUCAUUGCUGACUUGUAGGACCACCUCUGGCAGACUGAGAGAUGUCCUUGCACUGCUCCUCACAGAUGUUCUGGCUUUCCUACAGGAGAAAGAGCAGAAGUUCGUCUUUGCCGCAUUGGAGCAGAAGCCAUCAGUGAUGCCCUUGCGAAGACUCAUUGUGAGAGAAAUAGCCAAUCAGGAGAAAGGAUUAUUUCUCAUCAGUGGCGAUUACUCUGUGGGGCCGGAGAUGUAUGAGAUACACACACAGACUUGUGAGGAGCGCAACACGUGGAUGACACUGCUGAGGCAGGCCACUGAAAGCCUUCCUGAUGAUCAGACCAAGAAGAAUGAGGGGGAAAUCAAAGUCAAGAAGAUACAGAAAUUACAAGAGGCGCUAUUCUCUCUGGAUAUGCAGGUGUGCUCUGUUAUUGAGGAGAAGUUGAGGAUCUGUAGAGGGACUGGUAGAUGGAGUCUGGCUACUUGCCGCCUUCUUGUUCAACCCCACCCUGAAGACACUCCUCAGGGUGUCACAUUACUGUCUGACGCACAGGAAGAGGUGGUGAAGCUGGCUAUCACUUUGUUGUCUUGGCUUUUUCCUUGUAUAUGGGCACCAAAUAAUCAUAACUUUGGCCAGGAAAGAGCAAACGAUAAAGAACAAAAUUUGCCAAGUGGGAGGAGCAGGAGGAGUGCUAUGGUAGGGACAGGGGUGGGGCCACUUACAAUAGCCCCCGUAAGCCCCGCCCACCAGACUUAUAUAAAGGUAGCAGAGGGUGUUCACAACUUAAUUCAUAUACUUUACAGUCUGCAGGCUGCUAUAAUAAUUCAAGACAGCUGCUUUGAAGUUCAAAAUCUCCUCCUCCUGGAGGGAGAAGCUCCGCCCCCAAAUCUUAGUGAUUAUGACGUCAAAAGGCCGAGUUUGGAGUCUGGUGUGGUUGGUGGGACGUUGGCAGUGCAGCAGAAAGAACUGGAGCAGAGAGAAAGAGAGCAUGCUGACCUGAUGGACAGACUGGUGAAAGAGGAAGAGCAGUUUGAGGAGGAACUGUGGCUGUUUGAGGAGAAGAUGAGGAAGCUGAGAGAAGAGGAGAAGAGAGUGAUGGAAGAGAGGGAGAUAGUAAAAGAAGCGGGGAAGAAACUGGUGAAAGAGAGUAAGAGCCUGGAGACACAGAUAAGACUCAUUCAACAGAACUCAAAUCCUCGUUAAGGUAUUCUGACUUUUAAAAUGUCACAGGAGAAAUGAAGUGCAUUUAUGUGUUUGUAUUAUGAGUUGCAUCCAUAUUCACAUGCACUAGUCCAUAGAGUUUUGUUGUAGAAAUAUUGCGAGAAGUGUGUUCACAAUGAAAAUUCCAAAUACUAAUGAUGCACUUGAUUUACCGAAAAAACAAAUGUGGAAUAUUGGACACUUCAUGCACUCAACAUCAAGGGGGAAGGAUAUCAGACUCCAAUGUUGAAUGAAAAAAUAACCUCAUAAAAUGUAUACAUGACAUGGUUGAGUACAUAGUGUAUAGUGGGCCAUUUGGGACAUGACUUUUGGGUCUAUUAGAAUAGGUUUUCAUGAUUGAUUUUUCAAAAAACACAUUUGUCACAUAUUUUACAUUGUUGCAGACUGCAGCACCUUCUCUUCCCAGUCUUUUAGUUAUGCUCUGGGCUGCGUUUCUCAAAAGCAUUGUAAACUAAGUUGAUUGUAGAGACCAUUGGUGGCAAUAGUUCUAUGUCCUACUUAGGCCAAUGGUGCUUUUGGGCAAUGCAGCACAGUUUAGUUCCCGUUUCUAUAAAGCCACUCCUUCCGAAAAGCCCAAUGUGUUGCGAUUGUUCAGCUGGACCAAUGUGUUGUGAUUGGUCCAUUGCUUCGAGCACGUUUCAGAAAUGUCACUACUAAUGUAACCAGGGUUCACCCCUUUUUUGUGUAUGCUUUAAGCAUGAGGAAUAUCGUGUAAUAGUAAACCCUUAAGCAUAAUUAUAUACAUUCCUGGAAGAACCUCAAGACUACAAUCUUCAAUUGUUGCCUGUUUCAGGGAGUUCAGGAACAGAACGCACUGAUAUAUAAAGACUAACUCCCUUUGUAGUUUCAGGGAGUUCAGGAACAGUUCGCACUGAUAUAUAAAGACUAACUCUCUUUGUAGUAGACUUAGUGCUUUGUAACUUAUUGCAGACCUUUUCAUGCUCAAACGGCAACAUUAAACAAAAAAGAAAUCUGAAAAUGUAAAAAACAUAAUAGGACCUCUUAAAAGUUUUUUUAUGUGUUUGUGUUAAAGGGACACUGCUGUGUUUUACUGACGUCACACGGUUGAACGGCUCGAUUUGAGACAGGGAAAAACGUAUGAGGAGAUUAAAACAAAAAUAAAAAUACUGGAUAGAUUUUUGUAUCAUUAUAUGAUGGUUGUGUACAGGCACUGCCAACACACAUUUCUGUACAAUCAACUUGUAAAAGUGCAUGCACCAUUAUAUGACCCCUUUAACAUUUUGUAACAUGUCUGUCACACAUUUGUACGAUGGCCCAGUAGUGCACAACACAACGAAAUUGAAAAAGCCAACAAAAGUUCACUACACAACAAAAUCAAGCCACAACACAACCGACCACUAGGGGGUUCAUGGGCCUUAUGUUUGCUUUUUAAAUUUCACUGUGUUGUGCACUACUGGGCCACCGUAAAAAUGUGUGACAGACAUGUGAAACCGUACAUUUUGCAUUUAUAUUUCCAAACUAUUUUUUUAUGACACUGAAAUCACCAUACACUUACUUUGAAAACACCAAAUGGUAACUUUGUAAAAUAUAUGGAAAGAUUUCUACCUUGAAGUGAAACACGAUCUUUAUUUUAAAAUUGCUGUUAUUAGAGUUUUAACUGGUUACAGGCCGGACAGACUGUGGACGUACGAGUCUCCGCCGCAGCCUGACAACAGCA